AGGACGAAGUGGAUUUUGACGUGCUCGGAUGGUGGAAGCGGAACGAACACAUGUUCCCAUGUCUCGGCAUGCUAGCAAGACAAGUGUUAUCCGUUCCGGUAUCAACCGUAGCAGUUGAACGAGAAUUCAGUGCUGGCGGCAACAUUCUAACCGACUAUCGAAGUUGUCUUAGCGCUGAAUCUCUUGAAACACUGGUUUGCAACCAAGAUUGGCUCUUGGCAAGACGUCGAGCUCAAGAGGCUUCGUACCAACUCGACUUGGAGCAUUACAUGAAUGCAACAACAGAUGGAAGUCCGAGUUCUGAAGAAUAAGUUAUAAUUUUUUUUAUGUUAAUGUAAAUAUGUAAUUAGUUUUUUUAGGUGAGCGAUAUAUAAGCUCCUUCGAGGGUUUCUUUACGGUUCUUUACCUCGUCGCUUUUUUUGAACCGUCAGGAUAUUAAAUGUGGUUGUUCUUC